AGUCCCACUUCAGUUAAUCUGCUGGAAGAUGUACGGACGCUGUUUGUCAGUGGCCUUCCUGUGGAUAUCAAGCCCCGAGAGCUCUACCUACUCUUCCGACCGUUCAAGGGUUAUGAAGGGUCACUGAUCAAGCUAACUUCAAAGCAGCCAGUUGGUUUUGUGACCUUUGACAGCCGGGCUGGCGCUGAAGCAGCAAAGAACGCCUUGAACGGCAUCCGCUUCGACCCAGAGAACCCCCAGACCUUGCGGUUAGAGUUUGCUAAAGCCAACACAAAGAUGGCCAAGAGCAAGCUGAUGGCCACGCCAAACCCCACCAAUAUCCACCCCGCCUUGGGCGCACACUUCAUUGCACGGGACCCCUAUGACCUGACUGGAGCGGCUCUGAUUCCAGCGUCCCCGGAAGCGUGGGCUCCCUACCCACUCUACACCACGGAGCUCACCCCUGCCAUCCCCCAUGCCGCCUUCACGUACCCGGCGGCUGCCGCCGCGGCCGCCGCCCUUCUUUUUCCCCGCGUCCCGUGCCCGGAGCCGGACUCUCCUCGCUCCCGCUGCCCCCG